AUGGAGCAGAAUGCCGGCUACGAGUUCGACAUUUGCUUCACCUCGGUACAGAAGCGGGCCAUCCGUACCCUCUGGACCGUCCUGGAUGCCAUCGAUCAGAUGUGGUUACCGGUUAUCCGGACCUGGCGACUGAACGAGAGGCAUUAUGGGGCACUCACCGGUUUGAACAAGGCCGAGACGGCGGCGAAGCAUGGAGAGGAGCAGGUGAAGAUCUGGAGGCGCUCGUACGACAUUCCUCCGCCUCCCAUGCAGUCUGAUCACCCCUUCUACAGCACCAUCUCCAAGGACCGUCGCUACGCUGACCUGACAGAGGACCAGCUGCCGACGUGCGAGAGCUUAAAGGACACCAUUGCCCGGGCUCUGCCCUUCUGGAAUGAGGAGAUUGUCCCGCAGAUCAAAGAGGGAAAGCGAGUCCUUAUUGCUGCCCACGGCAAUAGCCUGCGUGGGAUCGUCAAGCACCUGGAAGGCAUGUCGGAGGCGGCCAUCAUGGAGCUGAACCUGCCCACCGGCAUCCCUAUCGUCUACGAGCUGGACAAGAACCUGAAACCCGUCAAGCCCAUGCAGUUCCUGGGGGAUGAGGAGACGGUGCGCAAGGCCAUGGAGGCCGUCGCUGCUCAGGGCAAGGUCAAGAAGUGAGGGCGGGCAGCAGGCUAGCAUGUAGUAGAG